UUUUUAACUAGUUGAUGCUCGGCUUUUUUCUCACUUGGCUUUCGGAACCCGCCACUUCAUCCAUCCAUCCAUCAUUCUUGCGUCGUGGUAGUAUUCCGGUUCCUUCGACUACUCAGUUUCCCGCCACCCCGCGGCCUAGAGCGGCAGUUUUCGACUAAUUUACGUGGAAUUCCACACCCCCAGUUUUCUCUGGUCUUUUCAUUCCCGAUCUCCAUACACAUUGCCCUUCCAUGUCGGAGCUGGCGCUUCAUUGUUGGUAUUGAUGAGCGUGACUAAUCCGCCUUCGUCUACCGGUGGGCCCCUGACGACCUCUUCCUCCAUCCGGCCCAACGUCUCCUCCGCGAAUUUGAACCUCAAGAGAAGCGUGCAGGCUGCUUUUGACGGUAAAUAGACGGUUUUUCUAUUUAUAUUUCUCCCCCACUACCACCGGCAUGCAGCAUCACCAUGGAUUGCGUUUGAUUUCAUGAACUUCGAUACCUCAAUCUUGUCAUUCCGAUUUCCUGAAUUGAAAUGGCCUGUAUACUUCGUCCGAUUAGCGCACUCUCUUUCUUUCUUCGUACUCCGUACAGUAUCAGCCGAAGUGUUCAUUUUUGUUCACCAUGUUUGGGAAAAAUUACUCCUUCCUAAACUCACUAGGUGGUACAUAUCCUCGUGAUUCCGGCAGAUCCGGCAGUGGAUACACGAGUAAGGUCCAUAUCAGAGAGCGAUACCAUAUUGUUGGCUUCAUCAGCAGUGGUACUUAUGGACGCGUCUAUAAGGCGCUUGGGAAAAAUGGUAAGAAGGGCGAGUUUGCUAUCAAGAAAUUCAAGCCUGACAAGGAGGGGGAGUUAAUUCAGUACACUGGCCUCUCACAAUCUGCGAUUCGUGAGAUGGCUUUAUGUUCAGAGCUCAAUCAUCCGAACGUGGUAGGACUUGAAGAGAUUAUCUUGGAGGACAAAUGCAUCUUCAUGGUUUUCGAAUACACCGAACACGACUUGCUUCAAAUUAUCCAUCAUCAUACCCAGCAACAGCGAUAUGCGAUACCUGCAAGAAUGGUCCGCUCUAUACUGUUUCAGCUAUUAAACGGUCUGCUAUAUCUACAUACCAACUGGGUCCUCCACCGUGACUUGAAACCUGCCAACAUACUUGUGACUGCUAGCGGUGCUAUCAGAAUAGGCGAUCUGGGAUUGGCACGCUUAUUCUACAAGCCAUUGAACUCCUUAUUCGCUGGUGACAAAGUGGUGGUAACGAUCUGGUAUCGGGCGCCGGAACUCUUGCUGGGUAGCCGACACUACACCCCGGCCGUCGACAUGUGGGCUGUGGGAUGCAUAUUUGCCGAAUUGCUCUCGUUACGGCCUAUAUUCAAGGGUGAAGAAGCAAAGAUGGAUAGCAAAAAGACAGUGCCGUUCCAACGGAACCAAAUGAUGAAGAUAGUAGAGAUAUUGGGCUUUCCACGACAAGAAACGUGGCCUGGGCUAGCAGCGAUGCCUGAGUUCAAUCAAAUGCAGUCUAUGAUGCAGUCUAUGAAAAUGUCCUCUCGUGGAGCACUCCAUUACAACAAGCCUUCCGGUCUUGAUACAUGGUAUCAGGGAUGUUUGAAAACGGGUGGAUAUUCUGCAAGCAAUAGUGUUGGCACCCCUGGCGCCGAUGGCUUUGACCUCUUGUCACGAUUACUCGAGUACGAUCCAGCGAAACGGAUCACAGCCGAGGAAGCUCUGGAACAUCCAUAUUUUACAAAUGGCGGACCAAUAAGCGCGAACUGUUUCGAGGGCUGCGAAACCACUUACCCCCCUCGUCGGGUUAGUCAAGAAGGCAACGAUAUUCGAACCGGUAGUCUUCCAGGCACGAAACGUAGUGGACUCCCAGAUGACAGUCUAAUGGGCCGGGUGGCUAAACGUCUCAAAGAGUGAGUUCGCAUAUAGCUUGGUUUUCGAUUAAAGCAUUAGUGGUGUUCUAGCGGUGUUGUCUCCUAUGUUACGUUUGUCGCGAAGCAUGCUUUUGUAGAGCAAACCAGGAGUUCAUAUUACCAUUACUUAUAUGACAUUAUUCUUUUCAUGGUGACUGGGCAAACAAACUCAGUAAUGUACAUGGAAAACUAUAUUUCAAAGUAUCUGAAGUCAAUCACAAUUGGUUGUUCUUAAGGUACAUGUUCCUGAUUCCUAACUAAAAGGUGGGCUAUCUCGAAAGACAAAGAAGUAGAAAGAAGAAAAAUGCAGAAUGGAAGACAUUAAGUGGAUUUUCCUAAAUCAUAUGCGCCGUCGACCAGAAGUAUCCAUUUCCCCUAGUCAUCCUGGACCCCCGGAUUCCUUAUUAUCCCCCAUAUGACACCGUUGUACAGACAAAACAUUAGUAU